AUGGAGGGGAACAAGCUGUUGCAUUGCAAGUAUUCAGCACCUGCGUUCCAGGCAACGCCACUGUAUGUUGCGAAUAAACGCCGUGUCCCUUACAUGAUGACAAGAGGCGUUGAGACCCCAGUUGGACCCAGCGAAUUCUAUGCAAAUUUUAUCAACGACCGCCUGGAACCAAAACAUAAGUUU